GACACGGCCCAAUAUAUCGCCAUCGCCGCCGAGCUCAAAUUUCUCGUCCCUUUAUUGCCACGGAACGCAAGGAGUCUCAAACACCAUGCAAGCCCCCCUCUGGAAGUAGUAGACUUCAUCAAGGACGCAGAAAGCCUCGAUGAUCGAGACCGCCUAAAACUCUGGCACCACGUCUGGCGCAAGAUCGCCAACCUCAUCACCGAAAUCCCCGGCCAGAACGCCAUCAGCAGCAGCGACGUCAAGAGACUCCGCAGCCAAGAGCGUGAAUUCUGGGCCACGCACUGGAUCGUCAAGAAAGCCAACUCGGCCGAGCCUGACAACAGCCACCCCCCCAACCUCCUGUGGGUCCCCGUGGAGAUCAACUCCCCCAAACUGUCCUGGAAAGACCGCAACACCCUUCCUGCCAUACAAGCCGUGCUGGAAGCUUUGCGGAAGCGGUACCACAUCGUACUGAACCACACGUGCGAAGUGCACGUCCACGUCGGCCGGUUGGAUGGGCAGCCCUUCUCUCUCCCCAGCUUAAAGCGCAUAGCUGCUUUGCUCUGGCUCGCUGAGCCGGCACUGCGUCUUGUCAAGGAUCCGAGGUCGCCUAAUUACGAGCAUGUCUAUACCUGGAGCUCUCCCGCACGGCAACAUAGCAGGCUUGCAAGAGAGCUGGAUAACACGAACUGUGCCCCUGUGCCGUGCCUGCGCGAUCUUCUCGAGGAAGAUGGUCUUGAUCCUGCCGUGGCUCGCUACCUGUCUUCGAGCGGAGAAGUCCAAUGCUCAAAGCACAAGCAGGCCCUCCGCCUCAUCUGGGCAUGCCCCUCGCACCUCAAAUUGGGUCGACUCAUGUCAGGCGAGGGCAAGGCCUACCGCCGGCUGGGGUUCAACUUCAGCGCCUUUGGCGAGGAAGACGAAAGGGCGAGGACGAAUCCCAGGACUGUGGAGUGUCGGUUUCUCGAGGGGACCAUGGCGGAUGAUGUCGUGCUGGCUUGGAUUCGUAUCUUUGGGGCUAUGGUGGAGGUUGCGCUGGAUGCAAAUGGUGGUGGGGAUGCCUCGACAGAGCGGCGGUUUGCUAGGACGGUGUUGAGACUUGUUGAUGAGAACGAGGCAGCGACGCCCAUGGGCGAAGAGUCAUUUGGGGAGCUGAUGCAGGAUUUGGGGGUUGAGGAGCGGGUUUAUCGGCCUGUGCAGAAGAUGAUUCGGAGG